UCCACUGUACUGAUAUUGCAUUCAGCUUGGUAAUUGAUGCAUAAUUUUGAUUUGUUUGCUUGUUUCCAGAGCUUCAUGCACUUGGAUGGUACCUUGCCUAGGUAUACUUCGGCCUUGCUUUCUGAAAUAAGUUCUUGAAAAGUUUCAUCAAAUAUGUGUUUAAGUUCUUAUCAUAUGCUGCUUUUUACAAUAUUUUGUGCCAUUCCAGUCACCAUAUUUCAAUUAAACUUGUUUUACUUAGAAAACAAUUUAAGACAAAUUCCUAGUAAAUCAAAGCAUCCAAGUUUUGUAUUCAUACUAACAGAUGAUCAAGAUACAGUGCUGCAGGGAAUGCAUCCCAUGAGUUUUACUAAGAAGUUCUUUCAAGAUGGAGGCGUGGAGUUCAAGAAUGCAUUCGUGUCGACCCCGGUGUGCUGUCCGAGCCGGGCCACGCUGCUGACGGGCCGGUAUCAGCACAACACGGCAGUCCGCAACAACACUCUGGCCGGCAACUGCUGCGGCAGCGACUGGAGAGGCCGUUCGGAGCCGCGCACCGUGGCGGCGCUCCUCCGGCAGCGCGGCUACAACACCUUCUACGCCGGGAAGUACCUGAACCAGUAUGGCGAGCCGUCUGCCGGGGGCGUGUCGCACGUCCCUCCCGGCUGGGACUGGUGGGUCGGACUGGUGGGUAACUCGCGCUACUACAACUACACUCUGUCGGUGAACGGCACGGCGCGGAGACACGGCGACAGAUACGAGGAGGACUACCUCACAGACGUCAUUACGCGGUACGCUCUGGAGUUUCUGCGGGGCCGGUCCGCCGGCGGCGCGCCGUUUUUCCUGAUGGUGGCGCCCCCUGCGCCGCACUCGCCGCAGACCCCGGCGCCUCAGUACGCCCGCCUGUUCCCAGGAGCACGCGCGCCGCGCACCGCCAGCUUCAACAUAGCGGCAGAGGACAAGCACCGCCUGCUGCGGGAGCCGCCGUCUCCCCUGCCGGAGCCGGUGCUGCAGACCCUGGACGGCGUGUUCCGUGACCGGUGGCGCACGCUGCUCUCCGUGGAUGAUAUGGUGGCCGCGCUGACCGAGAGGAUGGCCCAGAUGGGCCUCCUGGACGAUACAUACCUCAUCUACACGUCAGACCACGGAUAUCACCUAGGCCAGUUCUCUUUGACGGUGGACAAGCGGAUGCCGUACGAGUUUGACCUGCGGGUGCCGCUGUAUGUGCGCGGCGGCCGGCUGCCGGCCGGGCGGGCGGUGCGGGCGCCCGUCUCUGCCGUGGACCUGGCGCCCACAGUGCUGCAGCUGGCUGGAAUGGACCCCGACCCGAGAUGGACGGCGUCUCACUGAUGGAG